UUAACAAUAACACAGAAUAGUAUACGCAGAAUAUCGGAUUUGGAUCGGUCUCGUCUGACUGACACCCAAUCGGGCAGAAAACGGCAGUAUCGGAGCCGAUACCGAUACUGAGUAUCGAAUCGGUGGCGCAUCCCUAUACAUGAUGAUAUGUAUUAAGUUUUCAUGUUGACUUUUAAAGACUUCUGCGGUGUUUUGUUACUUUGUCCAGUCAUUUUACCUUUGGAAUCUCUCUUUUCUUACAUGUCGAUGCAUCAUCAAUUUCAAGACCUUGGGGGAAAUAUAGCUAAUCAAAUAGUCUUGUAACUAAAAUCAACUGCAAGCGUUCCUUGAAAACGGGCCGUUGAACCUAAAGCUCAUAGAGGCAUGUCGCACAGAAGAAGCCGGAGUAGUACACCACCCUUGUACAACACCAACAGCAAUGACCCUCGUGACCUGGAGCGAAGGAUUUUUGUUGGAAAUUUGCCCACGGCACACAUGGCGAAGAAGGACAUGGAGGAUCUGUUCAGGCCAUAUGGGAAAAUACAGGCUUUGUCCCUGUUUCGUGGGUAUGGAUUUGUGCAGUUUGAGCGAGUGGAGGAUGCUGAGGCCGCUAAAGCCGGACAUAACGGUCGAAUUUAUAAAGGUUAUAAACUAGGUAAGGUCUGAUUUAGUAUUAAACACUGGAGUUGUUACAUCACGUUUUAGAGUAAAUCAUAGGACCAGUUAUUUGUAUGACUGCAAUUUUACUGUAAUAACCACAAUGUGGUGAAUCUAAUAAAGCCAAACAUUAACUUAAAGAUGAUCCUCAUGCAAAUUGCACAUUAGUUUUUUCUCCACUCUCAGCGUUUUGUGUCAUGAGAUUUCGUACAUAUUAAUAAAAGCUAUAUAUCUAAUAGAACGUUUCACAAAUAGGUUGCAUAUUGGUAUCCUUUGACUUUUUGAAAUGAAUUAAUAUGCAAAUCCCAUGUUUUCCCGUCUCACUGGUCUUGUUCAUCUUGACUGAAAUUAUAAUCUUCCUGACUGUAAUUAAAAUCACACAAUAGUAUCAUAAUUUUGAUGCCAUUUGUUUUUUGGGGUAAUGCUUUAAUUUAAUUUGUACUUAUUUUUUAAAGAGAUCCAUU